UGCCGCGCCUCUCAUUGAUUACUAGCGUGCCCCCUCCUCACCUGCUGCUGACCUUUGAUCGACCAGGAUUUCCCCCGUCUUCCAGCGCAAGCCACACUGGGAGUAGUAUAUUAUAAUAUAAUAAUAGGCACAAGGGGAGGGGCCGCGGCCAGGGGCGGAGAGGGAAGUGGUCGAUCGACGAUUCCACACGGUUCUCCUGCUGAAGAAAGGAGGAGCCAUGGGAGUGGGACUGAAGAGGCAGGAAAUGUGGCGGGCGGCGGCGGCGGCGGCGGCGGCGGCUCCGGCUCCGACGGCGAGCGCAGCAGGAAGGCAGCAAGCCGUCGCCAGCAACAGUGCCACCGCCAAGCCGUUGGCCGAAAGGUUUCGGCCGGCACAGCGAGGGAUGGGUGGCCCAGACAACGCGUGCCACAACUUCCGCGGUGUCCGGCAGCGCCGGUGGGGCAAGUGGGUGGCCGAGAUCCGCGAGCCCAACCGCGGCAAGCGCCACUGGCUGGGCACCUUCGACAACCCCUUCGACGCGGCCGUCGCCUACGACCGGGCGGCCGUGUCCAUCCACGGCGCCCACUACGCGCACCUCAACUUCCCCGCGGACCACGCCGCCGCGGCGCCGGCCCAAUGCCAUCCAUCGUCCUGCUCUGCCGCCGCCACCACCGCCGACGUGUUCCAGGAGCACGAGGCAAAGCCAAGGGUUGCCGCUGCGCUGGGCGGCGGCGCAGUGACCGUCAGCCAGCAGCAGCCGCAGCAGCAGGGCACUCCAUGGAUUUCGCCUGAUGCUCCGUUCGGCGACGACUCUCAUGACAUUGCCAUGUACCUCGAUUUCGAUGCGGUAUCCGACAUGGUGCCCUUCUAUCCUGGCAUCAAGAGAGAGGAUUGCCAGCAUCAGGUAUUCGACGCCAACGCCGUUCACUCGCCGGUGUGGGCGCUGGGUGACUGAAAUGCUAUCUGAGGCAGGGUGAGAUGGAAACUUUGGUGACUUCAGUAGCAUCUGAUGGUUGUGGCAUGAUUAGUAGUGGAAUUUAGCUUUGCUGCUAGUUUCUUUAGAAUUCAGAUUGUUUAGCUAAGCUAGUAAUCAGUAGGAUUGUAGUGAUCUGCUGGUGGAAUGCUGUACAGGCUCAGAGAUCAACCUUUUGUUCCCGAUUACUAUGGAAUUUACUGAUGCACCUCAUGUCGUGAAA